ACUUUGACAUGAACCGUAUCCCUUCUAGCUUUGACCCGCUCCUCCCCUUUUCUGACUAGCUUGGUAGCGAUUUAAUUUACACACUGCAAGUUUUUUUUUUUAUAAGCAAGAAGUGUUGUCAAUUUCUAAUAUGUAGCUAAGGCUUGAUAUUAAGUCUCCUGUUUGCCUACAGUUCCUCAUAGCCCCCAAAGUGUGUGUGUUUGUGGACGAGGGAGUGUAAGUGGGGGCGCCUGCUACAGUUUGAGAAGAGAGAUCAAAUAGGGCAUUCUGCAUCAUAGCCCUCAGAAGAGGACAGACCCUGUCCAGAGAUCUGAGUUUCUGUGAUGUCAGAGGGAGAAGGUAAACCAGUCCAGGCUACGGAAGCCAAGGCCGAGCCGGGCGCCCCCAAUGUCCAGACACCGGCGUCGAUCUCACCCCCUGUGUCAGGGCCUGCUCCGACAGAGGACGAGGAGGAAGAGAGCGAAGACGAGUCUGAGAUCCUGGAGGAGAGCCCCUGCGGCCGCUGGCAGAAGCGCAGAGAGGAGGUGAACCAGCGUAAUGUCCCAGGGAUAGAUGCGGCUUAUCUUGCCAUGGACACUGAGGAGGGGGUGGAAGUGGUCUGGAAUGAAGUCAUGUUCUCUGAGAGGAAGAACUUUAAGCUGCAGGAGGAAAAGGUGAAGUCUGUGUUUGACAACCUGAUCCAGCUGGAGCAUCUUAACAUCGUCAAGUUUCACAAGUACUGGGCCGACAUCAAUGACAUCAACCGCGCCAGGGUGAUUUUCAUCACGGAGUACAUGUCUUCCGGAAGUCUCAAGCAGUUUCUGAAGAAGACCAAAAAGAACCACAAGACCAUGAAUGAAAAGGCCUGGAAGAGAUGGUGCACCCAGAUCCUCUCAGCGCUCAGUUACCUCCACUCCUGUGAGCCCCCAAUCAUCCACGGGAACCUGACGUGUGACACCAUCUUCAUCCAACACAAUGGACUCAUAAAGAUAGGUUCAGUGGCUCCCGACACCAUCAACAACCAUGUGAAGACCUGCAGAGAGGAGCAGAAAAACCUGCACUUCUUCGCCCCUGAAUACGGAGCUGUUGCUGAUGUCACCACCGCAGUGGAUAUUUAUUCCUUUGGAAUGUGUGCCUUGGAGAUGGCAGUGUUGGAGAUCCAAGGAAACGGAGAGUCUUCGUAUGUUUCUCAGGAGGCCAUCAACAAUGCCAUACAGUCACUGGAAGACCCCUUACAGAGGGAGUUUAUCCAGACGUGUCUGGAAGCCGACCCGUUUAAGAGGCCUACAGCCAGAGAGCUCCUGUUCCACCAGGCUCUGUUUGAGGUUCCCCUGUUAAAACUGCUGGCUGCACAUUGCAUUGUCAGCCACCAGCAUAUGAUCCCUGAGAAUGCCUUAGAGGAGAUCACCAAGAACAUGGACCCCAACCUCAUCAUCGCUGAGAUAAAGGAGGGUGUGCAGCUCAAGUUGUCUCAGUUUCCAGCCCUGGAAUUGGACAAGUUCCUGGAGGAUGUCAGGAACGGCAUCUACCCCCUGACAGCCUUUGGCCUGCCCUCCCGCCAGCAGCCCCAGCAGUCACCCGUCAAGUCCCCCAUUGUCACCCCCUCUGUCAAGUCCCCCACCCCAGAACCUGCUGAACUCGAGACUCGCAAGGUUGUCAUGAUGCAGUGUAAUAUCGAGUCGAUGGAGGAGGGUGCCAAACAUCACCUGACACUACUGUUGAAGCUGGAGGACAAACUGAACAGACACCUAAGCUGUGACUUGUUACCCAAUGAGAAUGUACAGGAACUGGCUGUUGAGCUGGUCCAACUGGGUUUCAUCAGCGAGGUGGACCAGAGCAGAAUAACUACUGUGCUGGAAGAGGCCUUCAGUAAGUUCUUCACCAGGAACGAUUCCCUCAACCCCGUUACUGUUUCCUCGUAACAGGAUCACCAUGGACCAUCGAUCCAGUAACUCAUAGAUCUAAACCCACAACUGUACUUCCUCUGUUACCCCCAGCCACCUCACACUCCUAACCCCCUCGACUCAGCCCUAGUCAGAGUCAUUGAACCCUUUCCCCCAAAGCCUUGUGGGAUGUCAUCUGUUUUUCCGGAGGGCUAAUGAGCUUUAUUAUGGCACUGCCAGGGGACAGUUCCACAUAGUUUAUGUCGUCCUCUAUACAAAGUAGCAACUUCUUUUGGACAGGAUGCCACCACAGUUAUCAUGUCAGUAUUAAUUAUUUGUGUACUGGAAAUGUAUUCGUCAUCUGCCUUCUCCAUGGCUUAAUACCCCAUCGCCUUACAUUUCUCUGCUUCGGUGUGGUCUUAAAUGACUGUGCAUGAAUGUCCGCAGUGAACAUAACUAUCUUCCCAAACUCUGUUGGUGAGCUGUGUUUGGAUUCAUACCCGUGGGGUAGAGGCAGUAGAAGAUCUUUAUUUGUGUCACGAAUGUGUCAUUAUCUUUUCCAAUUUGAAAUAGUUUAAUGUGGUGUUAACUGAUGGAGCCACACGCUUUUGGAGUCUGAGCCAAUAGUCCGGGAAAGGCAGGAUUUACAGCCUGUCACUCCAAGCAGAGGAACUAGCUGAAUUACUUACUAGAGAUGUCCAAUGGCUGGAACAGUAUUUUAAGAGGUGGUAGGGUUGGUGUACAGUAUUCAUUCCUUUGAUUUGUUCUCAUAUUUGUAAAAAAAAAAAA